AGAAUGUACGCAUAAAUUGGUGCAGAUUACUGAAGUAGAUAAACAUAAUGUUGGCCGCAAGAUUUUUGCAGCUUUUUGCCAAGAAAAUAUUCGUGUUCAACACUUGUCAAGUGGUCCUCAUUUUGUUCCAUUUCCUUCUGUUAACAUCAUCAGCUCUGCCAAUUCUAAGGCAAGGCUCGUCUAUGUCCGCGGAGAAUCCAGAUGACGUUUUGAUUUCCCCAAGUGGUAUGUUCUCUGCUGGUUUUUACCGCGUUGGCCAAAACGCCUACUGCUUCGCCAUCUGGUUCAGCAAGCCCUGUCAUGACGGUAGCCACACAAUAGUUUGGAUGGCAAACCGGGACACACCAGUUAAUGGUAGGAGAUCAAAGCUCUCUGUACUCAAAACUGGUAAUAUUAUAAUAACUGAUGCAGGUCAGUUCAUAAUCUGGACGAGCAAUAACACUGUUAGAGAUCACUCCUGGUCACAGUUAAAUCUCUUGGAUUCAGGUAAUCUGGUCCUCCAAUCUUUGGUCAAUGAUACGCUUUGGCAAAGCUUUGAUUCGCCAACUGAUACGCUUCUCCAUGAACAACCGCUCACUCAACAUAAUAGACUUGUAUCAGCUAGAAGCCAAACUGACUACUCCUGAGGUAACUAUAAGCUGAUGUAUGACUAUGAUAACGUUCUUCGUCUUGUCUUGGAUAGUCCUGAGACAUCCAGCAUCUACUGGCCGGAUUCUACGGUUUUGGACUACCUACAAGGAAGAACAAGAUACAAUGACAGCAGAAUUGCAGUGUUCGACUCUUCUGGCUAUUUUACAUCCUCGGAUAAAGUGGAGUUUCAAUCUGCUGAUUUUGGUAGGGGACCUUGGAGGAGAUUAACACUUGAUUUUGAUGGUAACCUUAGGUUAUACAGUCUUGAAGAGCAAAAGGGAAUCUGGUCAGUCACAUGGCAAGCUAUGCCUAACUCCUGUAGAAUUCACGGAAUCUGUGGACCAAAAAGUAUAUGCAGCUAUGAUCCAAGUUCGGGCCCAAAGUGCUCUUGCCUUCCAGGGUUCAAGAUGAAAAAUCAAGCAGACUGGAAAGAUGGAUGUGAACCAGAAUUUAACCUUUCAUGUGACAAUCAUGAUUUUAAGUUUGUUCAAUUCCAUCAUACUAACUUUUUUGGCUAUCAUUACGAUAUCCUCCGUAAUCACACCUUAGAGGAGUGUGCCAAAGCUUGCUUGAAAUUGUGCUGCAUAGCCUUUCAAUACAGAUAUUUCCCAAAGGAUGGUGCUUAUCGCUGUUAUCCAAAAUGGGAGUUGCGCAAUGGUUAUCAUUACCCCAGUUACAAUGGAACCCUGUACUUGAAACUCCCAAAAUCAUUUCAAUACAACAAACCUGUUGAAGGAUUGAAACUGAAUUGCUCGAUCAAUCAGACAAAACAGCUAGAAAGAGCUUAUCAUAAAAGAACUGGAUAUGGGUCACUAGAGAUUCUGAUUUGGUGUGCUUCUGUAAUUGGAUUGCUCGAGUUGAUAUGCGUCAUUCUGGUGUUCAGUUUCUUGUACAAAACUGGGAUAAGUUCUAAUGCAUCCACACGAGGCUACCAUGCUGCUGCAACAGGAUUCAAACAAUUCACCUAUGCUGAGUUGAAAACGGCAACGCGGGGUUUCAGUGAGGAGAUCGGACGAGGGGGAUGUGGGGUGGUUUACAAGGGAGUGUUGUCUGAUCAAAGGAUUGCAGCAAUAAAGGUUCUCAACAUUGAAGUUAAUCAAGCAGAAGAGGAAUUUCUUGCAGAAGCAAGCACCAUAGGGAGGGUUAACCAUAUGAACUUGAUUGAGAUGUGGGGAUACUGCGCGGAGGGGAAGCAUAGGCUUCUGGUGUAUGAGUACAUGGAGAAUGGAUCAUUAGCAAGGAACCUCAUGUCUAACUCACUUGAUUGGAAGAAGAGGUUCGAUAUUGCGGUUGGCACAGCCAAAGGUCUGGCUUAUUUGCAUGAAGAGUGCUUAGAGUGGGUUCUGCACUGUGAUGUCAAGCCUCAAAACAUACUGUUGGAUUCCAACUACCAGCCUAAAGUAGCAGAUUUUGGUCUAUCCAAACUGCUGAACAGGGACAAUCUAAAAGGGCCAAGCUUUUCCAAGAUAAGAGGAACAAGAGGUUACAUGGCGCCUGAAUGGGUUUACAAUCUGCCCAUCACAUCCAAAGUGGACAUUUAUAGCUAUGGAAUUGUCAUCUUGGAAAUGGUAACAAGAAGGAAUCCAACCAAUGGUAUCCCUGCAGUUGAAACAAGUGGAGAAAUAUGGCACCAGAAGUUAGAAGCAUGGGUCAAAGGGAAGAAAAAUGGAGCUGCUGCAACGUCUUGGGUAGAAGAGCUAAUAGACCCUGCGAUGGGAUACGAUUAUGACCGAAACAAAAUGGAAAAUCUGCUGGAGGUGGCUAUCAAGUGUACAGAAGCGGAGAGACAUGCAAGACCUUCCAUGAGCAAAAUCGUUCAAUUGCUUCAGUCAGCAACCCAAUAAUAAGACUGCAUUACACCCUUAGUAUCUAUCAGUUAUUCAGUUGUGCUGUAAUAUUUCAUAGAAUAAUUAUGCCCUUGCUAAGGCUUUCGCUUAUGAUUAUAAAACAUUGGGUCAUACAAAUAUAACAUAGUCAAUGAAACUUCCCAAACAUGUAGUUCCUCA